AUGCCGGUUGUCCAGCACCGCUCACGAAGGUUGUCGACUUCCUCAAACACAGAUGACUUGCACGCGGAAAUAGAUUCGCUGCAGGCCCAGCUGGAUACGACGCAGUCGAAUCUCGGAACGCUCCGUGGCACAAACAACCGUUUAAACGAUCGUAUCCAGAAUCUUGAAGCACAGCUCGACGACAAUGCGGUGCAUGUGCAAACCCAGGAGAAGGAUAUCAAUUCCUUGCGACGACAGUUACGAAUAAGUGGUGCCGAGAUUACGAGAUUACGAACGGAGAGAGAGGUUUUAGAGAAAGAUUACGAAGGCGUCCAGAGGGAUGUUAUACGAGAGCAGGAUGAACGGAGAAAGCUCAUGGACAAGGUCGCAGAGCUGGAGGAACAGGUGGCAUCGGCGCUCCAUUUGCACGUUGUGUCGAGUAACAGAGUUGGAAGUUCUGGAGGUAAUACGGACAAGAAAAGACCGACUUCGUGGCUGGAUCUGAGUGCAAAACUGCGGGAAACGGAAAACGAGCUCGAUGCUGUCCAGCAAGAGCGAGAUUGGCUAGAAGGUCAAUUAGAGAAAUUCAUCCAUGCUAAAGAUGCUCUGGACAGCAAUUUUAGCAUCAAGAAUUUACGCUCCCGGACGAGCAUGAGCUCUAUAGCAGAAAGCGCGCGCAGCUACGGAUCGAGCAGCCGAAGAAGCAGCACAUCUUCGCAUGCGCCCGUAAACAAACAAUCCUUAGGCCAGGAGCUUGGAUUGGAAUGGAAUGGAGAGUACGAAUCGGAUGCCGACUCCGACGGUUCUGGAGACUCCGACUCUACUGAGAGAGCAGAUAACGAAUCAGAAACAGAACAACCGCCAGAAGUUCCCCGGAUAGUAGCUGACGACGAUACCGCUUCAGUCGCCUCAUCCUCAAAGCAGAACCUAAAGGAUUUUGCCUUGAGGUUAGACACAUCUGGUCGCCCCUACCGAGGGCGGUCUCGGGCCCCGUCUGCUGCCUCGCACCGUGCUCCAUCAAUUGCAGCAUCUAUUCGAUCCCGAAUGUCUGCUCGCCCUGGCAGUCGACUAUCGAGUUUAGAUGAUAUACCGCCACCUCCUGUAACGGCUACUGCUGUAUUCCACGAGAUCGAACGCCAGCACGACGCCAAAGUUUCCAAACUGCAAAACGAUAUCGUGACUCUGAGCACGGAUUUGCAGGGGGAAAUCGAGAUUUUGCAACAAGAAGUCAAUGCUGCACGAGAAGAACGGGAUGUCUGCGUUUUGGAGAUUCAGAAGUUGAACACUGACCUAAGUGUUGCCAAUGCUCGCCAUGAAGAUUCUAUAUCGACACUCGAGGUUGCUCUUGCCGCUGCAGAGGCAGCAAAAGGACAAGCAAAAGCAGAACUACAAGCCAAGACAGAAUUACUAGCUGAAGCUGAAUCACAAGCCAAAGCGGAAUCACAAGCUAGGGCGGAACUACAAGCCAAGUUGGAAUCGCAAACCCUGCCGCCCCCUGUUGUGGAAAUCGUAGAGGUCCCAGCGGUCAAAGAGAUCAAGGAGGUCAAAGAAAUCGGUGUCCAAACAGAUUCCUACGAGCCCGCUCCGGUAUCUGGUGUUCCUGAGAUUUCGGAGUCUCCCUUCCCUGAAAUUCCUAAAGAAGAAUUAGCGGACGUUGUCGAAGAACCCGAGGAAACAGUUUCUGAAGAGCUAGAAGAGGCGAUGGCAGUCAUCGAGGCUCCUGCCUCAGUUGAACAUCCCGUGUUGCUAGAAAUCGCAGAGCCUCCGGUCACCCACUUUACCGCUGCCCUAGAGGCUGAGAUUGCCACGCUCAGGGAACAAGAGCAGCUCCGAUUGACCGAUAAUCUGAAGUUGAAAUCGGAAAUAGACGUUUUAACUCGAGAUUUAAGGGAGAAGGAUACGCUGCUCCGGGCUGAAGUUGUCAGGCUGGAAAGCCAUCUGGAUGAGCUUAUUCGCGACAACCGCAAUAUGAAAGAUGAUGCUGAGAUCAAUCACUACAAAGUCGAAAAUCUUGCAGAUGAACUGGAUCGAACCCGAGAAUUGCUCCAAAUUCAAGCCGGCGAAAGACGCGAGUUUAUGGAGGAAAUAGAGCAGCUCCGGGCGCGAAAUAGGGAACUGGAACUUCAAAUGCGUAUUCGGUUGGCUACCCCGUCUCCGGUUCCACAGGAGGGCCCGGAUGAACGUUCGGCCGCCGAUAUGACUCCUUUUACUUUCCCUCUGAAGGAUUCCUCAAGCGCAAAAUCAGAUUUCGAGGAUGACACACUGGACAGAUCUGAGGACGAAUUUGCCCUCAUAUCUGAUUCGGAAUCGGACGUGCCACCGCCAGUUCCAAUCCCGACGAAGCAUAAGCGACGUAAAUCUAGCUCCGGAAAACAUAAAAGACACCAUUCUAAACGAGAAAAGAGGAGGGAGAGGGAGAGGGAAGAUAGAGUGGAGACUCCGAAGGAAACACCAAGUCCCAGGAAGCACUCACACUCAAAGCAAUCAUCAGUGUCUAAGAUCCCCACUGCUUCGAAAAUACCAUCAUCUACCAAGUCAACGAGAAAGAGUAUGACGCUGCCGAGAUCUGUUUCUGCACAGUUGCCCCCAGCACCAAAGUCACCGAGAUCCCCACCUACGCCGCCACCCGAGCCGCGAUUCGAACGCGAGUCCCGUGCAUCCGCCCAAGAACAGCCGCGGGCAAGGCCAUCAACCUUGGCCCUCAAAAUCCCCCGACCUAGUAUCAGCUUCCGUGGUGCACAAACGCCAGUUGAACCCCCACCCGACAAAACCUAUUGGAAGGAUCUUAUGGUUGGAGGCUACUCCAUGCCGCCGCAUGAGUACAAUAAGCAUCGUCGCGACAUGCGAAAUUUCCAUAAGAAUAUGCAAAUCAAAGUCACGGCGAAAGGCGUCGAAACAAAAGGACGGGUUGGAACUGGGGCUGGAUUCGGCGUCGGCAACUACGCAGAUGAACCAGAACUCAAGCCUAUUUCCAAAAAGAAAAUCCCUAAGCGUAGGACAUCUUUCUCUGAUGACGAAACCUACACCCACAAAGAAAGAGGCGGAUGGCUCUCCGGAGUGUUCCGCAAAUAA